AUGUCCGACGAGUUCACCCCCAAUGGCGUGGCGACGCCCAUCAGUCCCAAGAUGAGUGGCCUGGCCCUCACCGAGUAUACCGCCGCUCCCACCCCUCCAUCUGAACGCCCCGAGCCCAGCUACCCCCUAACUGGGGCAUCCCCGAUGCCUUCCUGCUGCCCAAUGGUGUACGAUGUUAUCGAAGAGACUCCUCUCACACACGCGGUGAACCUGAGUAACCGGCUCGAGAGCCGCGUUAUGCUCAAGCGGGAGGAUCUGCUGCCGGUGUUCAGCUUCAAGCUGCGUGGCGCAUACAACAAGAUGGCUCACCUGAACGACGAGCAACGGUGGAAAGGCGUCAUUGCCUGCUCUGCAGGAAACCAUGCACAAGGGGUGGCUUUCUCGGCCCGCAAAUUGAGAAUCCCCGCUACCAUUGUCAUGCCCUCCGGCACCCCCGCCAUCAAGCACCUGAAUGUUGCCCGUCUCGGAGGCAGCGUGGUCCUUCAUGGUAACGACUUCGAUGCUGCCAAAGAGGAGGCGCACCGACUCGAAAAGCAGCACGGCCUCACGAACAUCCCGCCGUUUGAUGACCCGUACGUGAUUGCGGGCCAAGGCACUAUUGGCAUGGAGCUCCUGCGCCAGGCCAACCUGGAUAAAUUGGAGGCCGUCUUUUGCGCCGUUGGUGGUGGUGGUCUGAUUGCUGGUGUUGGUGUGUAUCUCAAGCGCAUUGCGCCGCAGGUCAAGGUCAUUGGUGUAGAGGCGUAUGAUGCCAACGCCAUGGCCCAGUCUCUGGGUGCAGGCAACCGUGUCUUCCUCAAGGAAGUCGGUCUCUUUGCCGAUGGUGCGGCGGUCAAGUCUGUCGGAGAGGAGCCCUACCGACUCAGCCGGGAGGUCAUCGAUGACAUUAUCCAGGUAUCGACGGACGAGACCUGCGCCGCGAUCAAGGACGCCUUUGAGGAUACCCGCUCCAUUAUCGAGCCUGCUGGAGCUCUUGCUCUUGCCGGUCUUAAAAAGUAUAUUUCCAAGAACCCCAGCCCCGACACCUCCCGCGAACUGAUCGCGGUCACCUCCGGUGCGAACAUGGACUUUGACCGACUGCGCUUCGUGGCGGAGCGCGCUGCGCUGGGCGAGCGCAAGGAAGCCCUCCUGAGCGUGAAGAUUCCCGAGAGGCCCGGCGCAUUUGCCAAGCUCGUCGAAGUGAUUCUGCCUCACGCCGUCACGGCAUUCAGCUACCGUUACGCCCGCGAAACAUCUGCCGAUGUGCUCAUGGGCAUCUCGCUAUCCGCCCUGACCGGCCGCGAAGACCUGGCCAAGAUCAUGCAGGAAUUGGAGAAGGCAGGAAUGAACGUCCACGAUCUGAGUGAUGACGAACUCGCCAAGCGCCACCUGCGUUUCUUGGUCGGGGGCCGCUGCGACGUCGCCGACGAGCGCCUGUUCAUGUUCGAGUUCCCCGAGCGGCCCGGCGCGCUGGCCAAGUUCCUGACCACGCUGCGGCCGAACCAGAAUAUUUCACUCUUCCACUACCGCAACUAUGGUGGCGAUGUCGGCAAGGUCCUGGCAGGUAUCCAAUGCCCUCAGGCGGAGAAGGACGAUCUGGAACACUUCCUUCGGGAUCUGGGAUAUCCGUUCAGCGAACACACCGACUCUCCGACCUACCGAACAUUUUUGCGCAGUGAAUGA